AUGAUUCAUUAUUCUAAACCUGAAAAUGUAAACAAUGAAUCAGAUGUUUUAACUGAAAAAUUGUUUCAAUUAAUUGAUAGAUCAUCACCAGUAGCAAUUGUGAGACCUGCUCUAAAAACUAGAUCAAAAUUGAUGGAUCAAGGUGUUCAAUGGUGA